GUCAGAUCCGCCAUAUUGGAUAAGUAAUAAGAGGCUGGGCUAAUGUUAUUGUCAAAUAUUUAACGUUUUAUACAUGUUGACUCCCCUUGGGGCACCUUAAUGCAGACAUGAGCUGGGGAACUGAGCUUUGGGAUCAGUAUGACACAGUAGCUGUUCACACACAGAAAGGAAUAGAUUUUUGUGAAAGAUUUACUAAUUUUCUGAAAGAACGUAGUCAUAUUGAAUUUGAAUAUGCCAAAAAUUUAAAAAGACUUGUAAAGAAUUACCAGCCAAAAAAGAAAGAUGAAGAGGAGUAUGGACAGUUUUCCUGGGCUAAAGCAUUCUGGGAUUUACUGAAAGAACUGCAUGAUUUGGCUGGUCAACACGAAGUUAUAGCAGAAAACACACAAGGAAAUGUUAUUAAAGAUUUAAAUAAUCUUGUACAAGACUAUAAACAAGAUAGGAAAAAGGAACUUCAAGAAGGUGCUAAAAUACAAGAACACUUAAAAGCAUCUCUAGCUCAACUGGAAAAGAGAGAAAAGCAAUAUGAAAAGGCAUUUAGGGAAGCUGAAAAAGCUACAGAUGCCUACAGAAGGGCAGAUGCUGAUAUUAACCUCUCUAGAGCAGAGGUGGAAAAGCAUCGGAAUAACAUGAUGUUGAAAAGUCAACAGAGUGACGAUUGUAAAAAUGAAUAUGCUUCUCAACUACAGCAAACGAAUCAACAUCAAAAUGAACACUAUCAUAACCACAUGCCACAAGUGUUUCAGAGACUACAGAAUAUAGAUGAAAACAGAAUAGAUAAAAUAAAAAGUUAUAUAAAACAAAGUGCUGACAUUGAAAGGAAUAUCAUUCCUAUAAUAAAUACAUGUAUAGAUGGAAUGGUCAAGGCAUCAGAUUCUAUAAACGCUAUGGAGGAUUCAAUAUCUGUUGUUAAUAAAUAUAAGUCUGGUUAUCCAAUUCCUUCGGACAUUGCAUUUGAUGACUUAAGUAAUUCACAAAUACAAGAUGGACGUAAUGGGAAUACAUUAACGACGCCCAAAAAUUUAAAUGUCGAAAAAGGUAGUGUGAAGGCAACAAUAAGUGGAGGAAAAUCAAAGAAAAGAAGUGGUUUAUUAGGAUUAUUUAGCUCUUCAAAGACGAAUGUAACACGAAGUGAUGAUCCUAAAGAAGAUUUUAGUGAUUUACCUCCCAGUCAGAGGAAGAAACAGUUACUGAAAAAGAUAGAUUCAAUAAAAAAAGAAAUAACAAGGGAAACAGCAGAGAGGGAAGGCAUGUUAAAGAUGAAAGAUGUUUAUGUACAGAAUCCAGCAUUAGGAGAUCCAAAUAGUUUAGAUAAAAAAAUUGAGGAAAAUGGCGAAAAACUAGAUAGUUGUCGAAAAGAAUUGUCAAAGUUUCAGAAUUAUUUAAGUGAUGCUGAAGGAAAGAAGAGUACAACAAAUUUAGCUGUGUCAGAUGAUUCUCUGUCCCGAAGCACUUCUGAUGGUAGUGUCAAUCGAGAUCCAAACAUAAUUCCUCCACCUCCCAGUAUACAACAGCCUAAUAACGAUGUCUAUACGGGUUAUAGUAGUAACAGUUCUAAUAAUUGGCCUCCACCAUAUAGCAGUUCAAUACCAGAUGAUGAUGAACUUCACAGCCCUGAUGAAUUUGAAGAUCCUGAAGAAGUUUUAGAACAGUAUCCUGUCAUAGGCACAUGUAGAGCUCUGUAUUCAUUUACUGCUGAAAAUGAAGGUUCUGUAACAAUGGAAGAGAAUGAAGAAAUGAGUGUGUUAGAACAGGAUCAAGGAGAUGGAUGGACUAGAGUAAGAAAAAAAGAUGAGGCAGAAGGAUUUGUACCUACAUCAUACAUACAAAUACAUUUCUUUGAUCAAGAUGAAGUUUGAUUAAAACACUUUCAUGACAUAGAAUGCUAAUUCAAAGGGGAGAUAAUCAUUAAACUUGAGCAAAAAGUCUGAAAAUAUUCAAAAACUAUAUAACUUUAUGAAAUAGACUAUAAAUAGAUCAUGAUAUCAUACAACUGACAAUAUUGUGUUGAAAUUAUAUUUUAUGGGAAACAUUGAGGUGUAUAUAUACAAGUGUCUGUUAAAAGAUUGAUCUUUGGACAAUUUUAAUGAGAUAAUUUUAUCUUUUAAUUAUUAUUUGCAUAAAAUGCUAGAUUUGGAUUUUAUCAUUUAUGUUUAAGAUUUUUAUGUUAUAGUUCAUUUUAAAAAAUGAAGUGAUGGAUCAAGAAUAAAGUAAACGAUUUAUUAGUAUCACUAAGUGUUAUUUUUUUUUAAUUACUUUAAAUUUUACUAGCAUUUGUCGUCAUUAACCAACUAACAAGGAACAUAUAACUACCAAUGUUUCUUAGCAUUAACAAGUAAGGAGUAAUGCCAUACUACUUGCUAAUUUAUUAUCUUGUGAUCAGUCAACAUUAUUGAUAUUACCCUGAAGUAUGACCAUUAUUGCCUUUAGUAAUAACAAUCUCAAUGAUAAAUAUUGUCAUGAUUGUACAUGGCGAACAGUGCAAUUUUGUAAAUAAUUUUUUUUUAUUCUCAGUGUCUAUAGAUCAACCAUAUUUGUUAGCUUACAUACAUACCAUGAAUGGAUUUAUAGAUUUUCUUUUUCAAAUUGGGAAGAUAGCUAAAGUUAUGGUAUCUGUGCAGUGAGGUGUUUGUGUUAUAGUAAUUAUUAGAAUUGUGGAAUCUGUGUAACAAGAUGUUUAUUUUAAUGUAAAUCUGAAUAUUUUAUCUAGGUACAAGAUUUCUUUUUUUACUCUCUCUGUAAACUUUUUUCAUUAAUUACAAUAAUAAAUAUGCAAUCAGUUUUAUGGUAUCAGUAUCCCUAAGUCCUUUGACAGACUUUUCUUUCUUUGCUCAAGAAAAAUUAAAAAAACUUUAACAAAUCAUCUCAUACAAAAAUUUAAUAAAGACAAUCAGCUCUCCAUGUACUUAAAAAGAAUACAUUGAAACUUAUUGAAAAGUCAUUUUUGGAAUGCUAAGCAAAAUUUUUAGAUCAUUAUACAAAAUAUAUAACUUUUACAAAAAUUGUUAAUAUAAAAUUUUUUUUUAAACACAUGGUCAAAAAUGAGGGGAACAUAUUUCAUAAUGAAAAGUUUUCCUUCAUUUUUCAAUCAAAUUCAAAACUGCAAUAGACUUAAUCAACAAUAAUCUGACUGAAGUCAAGUAAGAGAUCAAUAUCAUUGUGCCUGCUGAUAUUUAAUUGCUUUGAGAAAACAGGAACAAAAUAUUUACAAUCAUUGAAAGGGAACUAUUUAGUCCUCUGUGUUACAGUAUUGAAAUAUAUCAAGGAUAUGUUGACAUUUUCAAUUACUAAUAGCAUUGUUAUCACAGCCUGUUCAUAUGUGAGACUUCUGGUCUCAUGGUUGGUGCAAGCGCAAGCAUAAUUUCAUCUAUUUUAAAGAACUUUAGAACAACCAUCAUUUCUUAGAUUGACUUGAAUGAUUAUUAUUUUCAAAGAGGCUAAUAACUGAAAAAUAUGUAUUUAAGAUUAUAUUGACAUUUUGUAAUUGAGGAGGUUCCUCAAUGAACAAGUUUGUCCUGAACAUGCAAGAAAUAUUUGCCACUGGACAUUAAGCAGCCAACAACCAAUCAAUCAGUUAACAAUGAAUGAUAAGGUUUGAAGCUUUGCUCAGAUCAGGUGUGAAUAGAUACUUGAUUAAUCAUAUUCAAGAUACGGAACAUAAUUUAAAACUGGCGCCAUGUUGUAAAUUUACUUUUGUGAUCCCUGAAACAUACACAAUAUUAUUCACCAUUCUGUUAUUAGUAUCGCAGUAAGAUACGAAUGUUAUUUUUAUUGACAAUAUUAAUGUAGUCAAAAGUGAAAUUGCAUGCUCAAUGUGGCUGUACAUGCUUCUGCUAAACAAGCUUUAUGUUUGAAAACAGUAUUACAGCAUUAUUUUAAAAAAUCAACAAUUUGAAAAACCUUAGAUGUUUGAAAAUGACACCAGUAUUUUUGAUGUAGAAAUCUGAAUUAAUUGGCAAAAUGGCCUCCAUAAUUUUUAUUCUUGAAAGAAAUAAUUACAAAAAAAAUUUCUAAGGAUAACAAGAGACAUAGUAAUAUUUGCAUUCAUCAGAUCAUACUUUUUUAUUUAAUUAUAACAUGUACUCCGUACUAAGUAUUUUAAUUUAUUUGUUAUCUAACUCAUUAAUUUAAUGUGUUGAAUCAAACCAUUUCUAUCUCCGUAAUACAUAUGUAGAUUUUGUGUACUUUUAAAAAUGUAUAUAGAUCAUAUACAUGUAAAUUGACUGUAUUUUGAUGUGUUCUGAAGCAUAUUUUUGUAUGUAUGUUUUGCCCCCUGUUUUUAUGUGUAAUUUAUUAUAAGAUAAAAGUAAAUAAUUGAAUAUUACACAACCUUUUUAUAUGCAAGUUUCUUUUAUGGUAUUUGGUGCUGUUCCACAUUUGUUCCCGAGAUAAAUAAAGUUGCAUGACUUUCACAAGCAAAUUCUUAUUAAGCAUCUUGAGAAACAAUGUUGUACUAUAUACCAGACAUUAGAAAUUAGUACCUUCAUAUGGUACCUAUAUAAUAUAUAUAUCUAAUGAAAAGAUUGGAAUUAUAGUUAUCAAGAUUUUUUUAAAAUGUGUCCAUGAUUGAAAUGGAUCUUUAUAAUACUAUUUUCUGACAACAUUUGCCAUAUUUAUUGUCAAAAGCACAUUAAUUUAAAAAAUUUAAUGGAAAGAAAAAAAACCUUUGUUGACUAAAAAAUUUUGACUGCUAUUGUCUAUUUUUAAAUGGUAAACCAAAAAAUGACCUUGAUAUGGAAUGGAGCUGUUGUUAAUUGUCUGGUCCAUGUAUUUGUUGAAGUAAGAUUUCCACCACAAUCUAUUAGCAAUGCAGUAGUAGACAUACAGAGUAUUUAAAAGCAUAUUUUUGAAUUUACGGCUCAAAAUAAAAAAAAAUGCUUGUUUAUAUAAUAAUUAUACAAUUAGUUUAAUCCUGUGCUGCUUCAAGUCAAUUAAAGAUAUUAACCAAUACACUAAUAAUAAAUUAUUUAGGUCUGUAUUAAAAUCUUAAGUCUAAGGACUGAUGUUACCGUAAGGCGUUUUCACAUAAUGCUGGUGUUUAAUUUUACCACUGCCAAUUACCCAUAAUUCCUUUCUACACUAUAACCAAACAAUGAAUCAUAAGGGUAUUUAAAAGUCUUCGUAGUUAUUACUCUGUAGAUAUAAAAAAUGUACUGUAACUCUGUUCUAUAAGAUGUAUAAAGUAUAUUGAGAGACCUGUAGUGUGCUGUAUGAUAUAGUAUGUGCUAUCUGUUAUUUUGAAUGUGUGUGGUAUGCUAUAAAUUGUGGAGUUGUGCUAUGUUCAGCUUGAGUGAUAUAUAAGUGUAUUUGCUUAUCUUUGUUUAUCUGUUAACUAGAGCUAUCUUCUGUGAUGUGAUUUAUUUUGCUUUGUUGGAUACUCAGAGCUGGAUCUGUUGAGUUUUAUAAUUCCUCCUUUUUUUCUAUUCAGAGAUCUAUACAUUUGAUUCAUGAAGUCAUACUUAUAUCAUUCAUAUCGAUCAUGAUUAAAACCACAUAAAAUAGGGAAAUUUUUAUUUAUGUAUUCUGACACUUGUGACUUAUUUGUGCUGAUGUCAGACUUUUUCCCUUUUAUGGUGGUAAUGUUUUAUAUUAGUCAAUAUUGUCAGACAUUAUUAUAGUGUAAAUCUUUUCACAAUUUAUUGAUCAAUACAUGAAUUCAAAUGCUAUUUCAUUUAAGGUACAGCUAGUAGAAUUUGUUUCAGUAGCUCAAAUUCUGUGCUCAAUACAUAAAUCUGACAUAAGCAUAUAAUAGAAUUAUUUUAUGCAGUGUUAUAGUUGUCUUAAGUAUAUGUUAACAGUUCAUUUAACAAAUUUUGGUAGAAAUUAAACAAGUGCAAAUAUUUGACUGCAAUAAAAUACUUUAAAUGGCAACUUCUGAUUUCACUUUUGGUUAAAAUACUUCUUAUAGAAGUCAUUAUUGUACUGAAAAGUUGAUUAUCUUUUUUUUCCCUUAAAACUUAACCGGUCUGUUUCUGUCUCUGAAUUACAUAUUGAUAUUUAGUCUCGUAAACCAUGUCUUGCGACGUCUGUCGAUUUGUCUGUGAACAAUUAAUUGCUUCGGAUAACAUUUCUUGUGGCUGUUUUUUGAUGAAAUAUUUAGUUCCUAGAUUUGCAAGUAUUUAUAAAUAAUUGAGACCUUCAUUUCUCCAUGCUUUUUAUUUUUUGUAUUAAGCCAUGAAAUUCCAUACUUUAAAAGCACAGUAGAUAAUUGGCAUUGAACAAAAGUCUGCUUUUACCUAAAAUCAGUCACAAGAAAUCAGACCAUUUCAGUCCCCAUUGAAGAUUAUCAUUUUUUGUUCCUAACUUUUAAAGGGACAUUUAAUACAGAUUUUUACCGGGAACAGCUGAUAUUUGGCACUUCAGGUCUUGAUUUGUGUUGUCAGUUUGCUGUCUUAUUGACAUAUGUUACAUGAAUCUUCUAUUGAUAAUAGGAAGUAGGGGACAAUUUAUUAUUUUUUACCAAAGCUGAAAUCAUGAUCUGAGUACAUAUUAGAUAUGUAUUUUUUUGGACAGUUGCUUUCUCAAUACCAAGAAUUCAAAGAUAUGUAUUUUUUUGGACAGUUGCUUUCUCAAUACCAAGAAUUCAAGCAUUAAAUAAUGAUUUGUUUCUCUAUAUUAGUCUUCAGUCUUCAACUUCCAUAAUGAAACUCACUUCAGUUACUGGUUUACAGUUUGUAGUUAAAUCAGGUAUGAUGCAACAUUUUAAGUAUACCAUGAAGGCAAGCAUUUAAUUAUAUCCACUUAAGAAAGUAGGACAUUUUUGGAAACAUUUUUCAUACUUAUUAUAUUGAAUGAUACACUAUUGUAUUGUUUAGGAUGGGAUUUAAAAAUUAUUAAUGUUAGUGCUAAAGUAACUUUUUGCAGAUUUUAUUAAGCCUGAUGCAACUAUGAAAAAGGAAAGCAUCAGUAUCAAUGAAAUGUUUUAAAUUAUCUGGGAAGUUAAUCAUUUUAUUAACACGGAUGAAGAUUUGAAAAAAUGUUUUCCAGUCAUUGAAGAUUUUUCCCUGCUAGGUAUGAACAAAAGUUUUAUAUAAAUAAUCAUUCAAAUGGUAAUAAUUGAAUUCUUGUAUGUUUUAUAUUCCAUUGGAAUCUUGUAAAACUAGAGUUAUGCAGAGUUUAAUCUUGUUAAAACAGUUGUUUUGAUUCUAGUUGGGAAGCAAUCAUUUGAUAUUUAUUGGGGGGGCUAAGAAGGAAAUUUUUGAUAUCUAUUCAAAAUUCUGAUGAAAGGUAAAAAAAAUGAAACGUUACAAAACCAUUAAAAAAUGGCAGAAUUUUCUUUUAAAAAAUAAAUUUCAGACACAAACAAACUAAAGUACAAGCUGAAAAAUAAUUGUGUGAAUUUUUUUAGUUAAAAUGAUAAGAAGUCAAAAGUCUCUUCUUUGUGCACCAAAAUGAAAUGGUUGCUCCCUUAUCUAAGGUCCACAUAUUUAAUGGACAAAUUAAUGAUAAUCUACAAUGGCUCUAAUUGUUUGUAUUUGUACAUAUAAAUAUAAUCUGCAUUUUAUGUGGACAUCCUUAGACUGCUGUCAUAUUGACUCCCUAAGGGUAGUGCCAAAUUUUUAUUAUUCUAUUAUAUAUAUAUACUUAACAGUUUUGUUUAUACAAUGAUAAUGCAAUUCAAAACUCGAAAAAUAAAUCUGAAUGAAAAUUUG